CUCCAGGUUACCCCUCACCCCCUGCUGGAUACGCGAGCCCCCCAUACCCUUCCCCCCCAUACAGCGGCCCCUCUGCUCCUCCUGCCCCUGCCCCAGGUUUCCAUGACUACCCCGGAUCACCGCAGCACCACAUGCCUGCUCCAUUGCACCCACAGCCCGACCUGCCCCCUGGGGUAGCUCCUUACCUGCCUGUGAGCGGCGGAACUGCCCCCAGUGGGCUGGAAUACCUCAGCCAGAUCGAUCAAAUUCUAAUUCAUCAGAAGACGGAGGUUCUGGAGGCCGUUACCGGGUUCGAGACCUGUAACCAGUACGAGCUGCUGAGCAUCAUGGGAGAGAAGAUCCUGUCGGUGCAGGAGAGAAGCUCGCUCUGCGCCCGGUGCUGCUGCGGAUCCCUCCGCCCCCUCACCCUGCAGCUCUGCGACCCCUCCGGCCGGGAACUCAUUCACUUCAUCCGUCCCCUCAAAUGUACCAGCUGCUGCUUCCCAUGCUGCCUGCAGGAGCUGGAGGUGCAGAGCCCCCCGGGACACACAGUGGGGUACGUGGUUCAGUCGUGGCACCCCUUUAUCCCCAAAUACUCUCUCCUCACGGAGACCCGGGAGCCGGUGCUGAAGGUUGUGGGACCCUGUAUCAUGUCGAGCUGCUGCGGCGACAUCGACUUCCAGGUGAAGCCCCUGUGUGAGUCUCGCAGCGUGGGGCGGAUCAGUAAGCACUGGGGCGGGUUGGCCAAGGAAAUCUUCACCGACGCCGAUAACUUUGGUAUCCAGUUCCCCAAAGAUAUUGAUGUUAAAAUGAAAGCAGUGUUACUGGGAGCGUGCUUCCUACUGGAUUAGGUCUUGUAUUUCGAGAGAUCCGAGCUGCAGUCUCGGACACGUCACUCAGU